AUUGUUAAAUACAGAAGCUCACUGUAUUCACCAAAGAAAAACAAAUGGCGGUCUGAUUAUAGCCUGUUACUAUGAGAAAAUGUUAUCCAAUGUGAAAUGUGACGUAAAAUAAAGCAGAAGUAUCCUGCAGGUUGUUGUUGGAGAGUUUUUGUAUUAGACACUGAGAGUGAUGAUGAACAGUUAGUAUGUGAACAUUGCACAGAGAUCUACAAUCUUUGGGAUUAUUCAGGCUGAAAGAAGUCAAUCUGUUUCUUCAGGAGCAGCUAGACAAACACGAGAUAUUGAAUGGAUACAAAGUCAGUGAUCAGAAAUACAUAAAUAACACGUAUGGCCCUAUCUAAAUAGUACAGUACCAUUUCCUAUCUAAAUAAAACACAAUAAGUGUGAUUCAAAUACAGAGGACUGAGGGGACUGGAGCACAGUGAUUAAUUCACAGCCUUUAACUGAACAAACAAACCAAUGUUUGGACACUGUGUUUUCAUCAGUCAAAAUGACAAUGUAAUGUGUUAUAUCUUAUGGGAACAGACGUUUCAUUUUCAGUAUUAUAACCUCAGAGUAAGUCAUUGUAAUUGUAUGACGUAUAUGUAUAUACGUAUAAAGAAGUUGUUCCCUUAAUUGGCACUUCUUUACUGGAUAUGAUUAAUCUUUCUUUAUUAUCAGGAUAUGUACCACAGUCCUUUAAAGUAGCUGUAAUUAAACCCCUUCUUAAAAAGUCUACUCUUGACCCAGGGGUUUUAGCCAACUAUAGACCGAUUUCUAACCUCCCGUUCCUCUCUAAGAUUCUGGAGAAAGUAGUCGCCAAAGAGUUGUGUGACUUUCUACAUAACAAUAGUUUAUUUGAGGAUUUUCAGUCAGGAUUUAGAGUUCAUCAUAGCACAGAGACAGCUCUGGUUAAAGUUAAUAAUGACCUUCUGACUGCUUCUGACAAUGGACUUGUCUCUGUACUUGUAUUAUUAGAUCUUAGUGCUGCAUUUGACACCAUUGACCAUGAUAUUCUUUUACAGAGACUUGAGCAUCAAAUUGGCAUUAAAGGAACUGCCCUAACCUGGUUUAAGUCAUACUUAUCAGAUCGUUCUCAGUUUGUACAUGUUAACGAUGAAUCCUCCAUAAAUACUAAAGUUAGUCAUGGAGUUCCACAAGGUUCUGUACUUGGACCAAUACUAUUUACUUUAUAUAUGCUCCCUUUAGGCAACAUUAUUAGGAAUCACUCCAUUAACUUUCACUGUUAUGCAGAUGAUACGCAGUUAUAUCUAUCAAUCAAACCCAAUGAAAUUAAUCAAUUAUCUAAAUUACAAACAUGUCUUAAGGACAUAAAAUCCUGGAUGACCUGCAAUUUUCUGAUGUUAAACUCAGAAAAAACCGAAAUUCUUGUUCUUGGCCCCAAAAACCUUAGAGACUCAUUGUCUAAAGAUAUAGUCACUCUAGAUGGCAUUAACUUGGCCUCUAGCACCACUGUCAGGAAUCUUGGAGUUAUCUUUGAUCAGGAUUUGUCAUUUAACUCCCACAUAAAGCAGACCUCUAGGACUGCCUUCUUUCAUUUACGUAAUAUUAGAAAAAUUAGACACAUCCUAUCACAGACAGAUGCAGAAAAACUAAUCCAUGCAUUUGUUACUUCAAGGCUGGAUUACUGCAACUCUUUAUUAUCAGGUUGCCCCAAUAAGUCCAUUAAAACGCUCCAAUUAAUUCAGAAUGCUGCAGCACGAGUACUGACAGGAACUAGAAAAAGAGAUCACAUCUCUCCUGUACUAGCUACUCUGCAUUGGCUCCCUAUAAAAUGUAGAAUUGAAUUUAAAAUACUCCUCCUCACCUAUAAAGCUCUUCAUGGUCAGGCCCCUUCAUAUCUUAAAGAGCUCAUAGUACCCUAUUACCCCACUAGAACACUACGUUCUCUGAAUGCUGGGCUACUUGUGGUUCCUAUAGUCUCUAAAAGUAGAACAGGAGCCAGAGCCUUCAGUUACCAAGCUCCUCUCCUGUGGAACCAGCUUCCAGUUGUGGUUCGGGAGGCAGACACCCUCACCACAUUCAAGAGUAGGCUUAAGACAUUCCUCUUUGAUAAAGCUUAUAGUUAGGGCUGGAUCAGGUGAGUCCUGAACCAUCCCUUAGUUAUGCUGCUAUAGGCCUAGACUAUCGGGGGAUUUCCCAUGGUGCACUGAGCUACUCUCUUCCUCUCUCUUUCUGCACUCAUUCAUGUCCCUUUAAUGCAUGUUACUAACUCCACUUCUUCCCCGGAGUUCUUGUGCUUUCUCGUCUCGCAGGUUCUCAUGGAUCCUGGUGGAGCCUCCUGCCAUGGUCCUGCUUGACUGCCAUUGCCAAUACUGUUGUUGCUGUGCACCUGUCUGUCUGUCUUUGCUCUCUCUCUCUCUCUCUCUCUCUCUCUCUCUCUCUCUCUCUCUCUCUCUCACCCCAACUGGUCGAGACAGACGACCACCCACCUAGAGCCGGAGGAUCUGUCCUAGGUUUCUGCCUUUUAACAGGCAGUUUUUCCUUGCCCUUGUCGCCAAGUGCUUGCUCAUGGUGGUACUGUUGGGUCUCUGUAAUUAAUGUUAAAGAGUUCGGUCUAGACCUGCUCUAUUUGAAAAGUGUCCUGAGAUAACUUCUGUUAUGAAUUGGCGCUAUACAAAUAAAAUUGAAUUGAAUUGAAUUGAAUUGAAUAUGUAUUAUAAUGUGAUACAUACGUUUUCAUUCAGAUUUGAAAUAUAACACAAUCUCUCUGUCAGUGGAUAACAGUGAUGUUGCAGAAACUUCAGAGACCAGAGGACCUUCCUCCUCUCAGUGUGAAGAUGAGAUUGUUCCAGUACCAAAACCACGACACAUCUCACAUUACCAACACUUGCUUCAAUCAAACCUCAAAGAUAGGUUUAUGUGUGCACAAGAGGGGUGGAUGGAGAAGAAGGAUGAGCAACCUCUGCUUGAUAUCUACACAGAACUGUACAUCACAGCUGGAGGUGACACACACAUCAACACACAGCAUGAGGUUAGACAGAUUGAGGCGGUGGGGAAGCCAGCAGAAACAGAGACACCAAUUAAACCCAGUGACAUAUUCAAACCCCCCUCUGGAAAAACAAGAGCCAUAAGAGCAGUGCUGACCAGGGGAAUCGCAGGAAUUGGCAAAACAUUUCUUGUGCGCAAGUUUGUGUUGGACUGGUCUGAAGGAAGAGCCAAUCAAGAUGUUCAUCUCAUAUUUCCCUUCACCUUCCGCCAGCUGAAUUCAUGGAAGGGAGAAGAGUUCUAUUUGGCAGAGCUCAUUCAUGAAUGUAUCCAGGAGACCAAACACAUCCCAGAAGAAGCUCUGAAUCACAUCUUUACAACUUUGCAGUCAUCAGGAAACACCAACUAUGAUGACAGCAAAUUCAAACUUCUGUUUAUUUUGGAUGGACUGGAUGAGAGCCGCCUUCAACUGGACUGCUCUACCAGUAAAAUACGGGCAGUUAAGUUUAAUGUGAAAAAGUCGACCUCAGUGGAUGUGCUGCUGUCAAACCUCAUCAGAGGGAAACUGCUUUCCUCUGCUCGCCUCUGGAUAACCACACGACCUGCAGCAGCCAAUCAGAUCCAUUCUGAUUUUAUUGACAUAGUGACAGAGGUCAGAGGGUUCACUGACCCACAGAAGGAGGAGUACUUCAGGAAGAGGUUCAAAGAUGAGGAGCAGGCCAGCAGAAUCAUCUCCCACAUCAAGACAUCAAGAAGCCUCCACAUCAUGUGCCACAUCCCAGUCUUCUGCUGGAUCACUGCUAUAGUUCUGGAUGGUGUGUUGAAGACCAGAGAGGGAGGAGAGCUGCCCAAGACCCUGACUGAGAUGUAUGUAGAAUUCCUGGUGUUUCAGAUUCAUCAGACAAAAGAGAAGUAUGACCAAGAACAGUGCAUUCAGUACAUUAAGUCAUUAGCAAAACUGGCUUUCCACCAGCUGGAAAAGGGCAACCUGAUCUUCUACGAGAAAGAUCUGAAAGAGGGUGGCAUUGAUGUCAGUGGAGCCUCAGUGUGCUCAGGAGUGUUCACAGAGAUCUUUAAAGAGGAACAUGGGAAGAAGAAGGAUGAAGACAAGAUGUUUAGCUUCAUCCAUCUGAGUGUUCAGGAGUUUUUGGCAGCUUUAUAUGUGGAGAUGUCGCUCAUCAACAGAAACAAGAAUGUGACUUCUAAGCUUGCACAAACUGUUGGUGAACAUCUGCAAGCCUUUUUAAAAAGAUCAGUGACAGCAGUCCACAGGUUUGCUAUUGAAAAGGCCUUACAGAGUCCAAAUGGACACCUGGACUUGUUCCUCCGCUUCCUCCUGGGUCUCUCUCUGCCAACCAAUCAGACCAAACUCCCUCAAGGCCUACUGAAAGAGAAAAGAAGCUCUGAUACCAACCAGGAAACAGUCAAGUACAUCAAGAAGAAGAUCAGUGAGAAUCUGUCUGCAGAGAGAAGCAUCAAUCUGUUCCACUGUCUGAAUGAACUGAAUGAUCGUUCUCUAGUGGAGGAGAUUCAACAGUACCUGAGUUCAGGACGUCUCUCCACAGAUAAACUGUCUCCUGCUCAGUGGUCAGCUCUGGUCUUCAUCUUACUGUCAUCAGAAUCAGAUCUGGAUGUGUUUGACCUGAAGAAAUACUCUGCUUCAGAGGAGGCUCUUCUGAGGCUGCUGCCAGUGGUCAAAGCCUCCAACAAAGCUCUGCUGAGUGGCUGUAAUCUGUCAGAGAGAAGCUGUGAAGCUCUGUCCUCAGUUCUCAGCUCCCAGUCCUCUAGUCUGAGAGAGCUGGACCUUAGUAACAACAACCUGCAGGAUUCAGGAGUGAAGCUGCUGUCUGCUGGACUGAAGAGUUCACACUGGAGACUGGAGAUUCUCAGGUUAAAUCAAACCAGGCUCACAGAGAAAUGCUGUCAGGAGUUUUUAGCAAUUCUCAGAUCCCAGUCCUCUAGUCUGAGAGAGCUGGACCUGAGUGACAAUGACCUGCAGGAUUCAGGAGUGAAGCUGCUCUCUGCUGGACUGAGGAGUCCACACGGUAGACUGGAGACUCUCAGGUUAAAUCAAACCAGGCUCACAGAGGAAUGCUGUCAGGAGUUCUCAGCAGUUCUCAGCUCCCAGUCCUCUAUUCUGAGAGAGCUGGACCUGAGUAACAACAACCUGAAGGAUUCAGGAGUGAAGCUGCUCUCUGCUGGACUGAAGAGUUCACACUGUAAACUGGAGACUCUCAGACUGUCAGGCUGUAUGAUCACAGAGGAAGGCUGUACCUCUCUGGCCUCAGCUCUGAGAUCCAACCCCUCCCAUCUGAGAGAGCUGGACCUGAGCUACAAUCAUCCAGGAGACUCAGGAGUGAAGCUGCUGACUGCUGGACUGGAGGAUCCACACUGGAGACUGGACACUCUCAGGGUGGAACACGGUGGAGAGCAGAGGCUGAAACCUGGUCUGAGGAAGUAUUCCUGUGAACUCACAGUGGACACAAACACAGUGAACAGAAACCUCAAACUGUCUGACAACAACAGGAAUGUGACAUAUGUGGGAGAGAAGCAGUUAUAUCCUGAUCAUCCAGAGAGAUUUGACUACUGGGCUCAGCUGCUGUGUAGAAAUGGUCUGACUGGUCGCUGUUACUGGGAGGUCGAGUGGAGAGGAUGUGUUUAUAUAUCAGUGAGUUACAGAGGAAUCAGAAGGAGAGGAAACAGUGCUGACAUCAGGUUUGGAGGAAAUGAUCAGUCCUGGACUCUGGAGUGCUCUGAUGAUGGUGUUUACUCUGUCUGGUACAAUAACAGAAGAACAGCCCUUCCCUCGUCCUCCUCCUCCUCCUCUGUCUCUAACAGAGUAGGAGUGUAUGUGGACUGUCCUGGUGGCACUCUGUCCUUCUACAGAGUCUCCUCUGACACACUGAUCCACCUCCGCACCUUCAACACCACAUUCACUGAACCUCUUUAUCCUGGUUUCAGGUUCUGGUUUGGAUCCUCAGUGUCUCUGUGUUCACUGUAGGAGGAAGAGUCUCCUCCUGUUAGAAACACUGCUGACAAACACACACAAACACCUGAGCCUUGUUUCUGUUAAAGUCCAUAUUUCUUUACAUGUUGGUGAAUCUGCGCCAUGAAAAGUCGCUGCAUUUGCUACGAGCACUUCCUGUUUGUACUGUAACCUUCUUACAAACACUGUUACCUUGAGCCAGUGUUUGGUUUGUCCAUUUUGAGACACUGUAGAAACAUGGCAGACUCCUCCAGAAGUUGUACCUCCGACUUCAUAGUCAGCUCUGCUUUGAAUAAUAAUCUGUCUGAUGUGAAAAAACAAAAACCACACAGGUUGAUACACUUUAUAAUCUUAUUCCAGUUCCCUUCCUCAACAAACUCCACGAAGCUCCUCCAGAUAUUUUCAAAGACUUCCAGCUUUCUUUCACCAAUGUUUGUUCAUGUUUCCAACACAUGAUAAUAGAUCCUUAAUAUAAUGAUUCAGCUUUGGUCUGUUGACAUUUUCCAUCCUGUAGCACUCGCUCUCUGAGCUUUAUCAGAGUGUCAGACUGCAGAGUGACCAGCAGGAGGCAGCAGAUCCACACAAACACACACAGAAAUAACAUGAGAGACUUCAGAGGUGGAUUCAGAGUCACAUUAAAACCUGUUGAGAAGUCAGUUUGUUGCACUUUCUGUCAGGUUAAUGAAGCUUUUAAUCCCAACUGAUGGAUGGAUUAAAAACACUGUGCAGCAGCUGAGAAACAUUAUUGAAAAAGACUCUUUAUUUUACUGAAUGGUUGGAUGGAUGUAUCUGUAUUCUGUUUAAAAUAAGAUCAUUACAGUUUAUCAACCAGUCUGAUCCAGUGCUCCAGCGCUGUGUGUGAUGGACCUUUUAUUUUAUACAUUGUUUAAUGGAAAUAUUAAAACUCUUUUUCUGGUU